CAAUUGUUCCACGGUUGAGAACACCUCGAAGACGUAAAAACAAGAUGGUGUAUGAUGGACAAGGCGUUGUUGUCUGUUAUUAUAGUUAAUUGGUCCGAAUGAGAACAUACAUAAAUGUCGUUUAAAAGAGGAAACGCCGUUAAUAACAGUUUGUAUCUGGAUACAUUCGUCUGAGUGCACGUUGACGCUUCUCGUGCUAGCCUAGCAUGCUAGUUAGCUUAGCUUGUUAGCUGCUAACAAAAAAAGGCGGAAGUGAUCAAAACACAUCGCUAAGCAGAGAUCAAAUGUGAGUUUAAAGUGUUGUGAUUGUGUGAAAAUGCCCAAAUUACAAAUGCUGAGAGCGCUGGUGAAUCAGCGACUAACCGCUGCGGUUGAAGAAAUAUUUGCGAUGUUCGAAAGAACCAUAGCGGAGUACGAGGAAGAACUUUCUCGAACAAAAGAGGAGAAGGAGCGACAACAUCAACUACUGGACGCUGUUUUCAAGAAACAUCAAGUUGUGUCACGCAGAACAGACGUCCAGCAGCCCCCCCACAUUAAAGAGGAAGAGGAGGAAGUGUGGAUCACCCAGGUGGGACCCUGUCUUCUAGGGCAGGAGGAGGCUGAUCUCAGCAAGUUUCCACUGACUGUUGUCUCUGUGAAGACUGAAGAGCAUGAAGACAAACCACCUGAGUCCUCACAGCUUCAUCACAGUCCAAACGUGUGUGAAGGACAUCUCCCUGAACAGCAGGAGUGGAGCUCAAGGAUGGUAAGAGAGGAGCCACAGCCCUCCUACAUUAAAGAGGAAGAGGAGGAACACAACAUCAGUUCGGAGAGAGAGCAUCUUGAAGGACUGGAGGAGCUUGAUGUCAGCAAGAUGCCAGUGACUGGUGUCCCUGUGAAGAGUGAAGUCGAUAAGGAGAAGAGAGAGGCGGAGCCUCCGAGCAGCAGCUCAACAGAAGCUGAUGGAGACCACUGUGGAGGAUCACAAGCAGACAAGCUCUUAGCUCCACUAUCAGAUAGUGAGGACACAACGUCACACUCUCCUGACACUGAUGAUGAAGACUCUAAAGAUGAUAAGACAUGUCACACUGACAACACACACUUCACGUGUUCUCACUGCGACAAAACUUUCAGAUAUCCUUGUUAUCUCAAAGUACACAUGAGAAUACACAGUGGAGAUAAGCAUUUUCACUGCUCAGUCUGUGGUAAUGGAUUUGCACAAAAAAAUGCGUUGAAAGACCAUAUGAAAACACACACUGGAGAAAAACCCUGUUCCUGUUCAAUCUGCGGUAAAGGUUUUGUACAUAUUAGCUAUUUAAAAGUACACAUGAGAACACACACAGGAGAAAAGUCUUUUAUCUGUUCAAUCUGCGGUAAAGGUUUUGUAGAAAGUACCAACUUGAAAGUACACAUGAGAACACACACCGGAGAAAAACCUUUUACAUGUUCAAUCUGCAGUAAAGGUUUUGUACAAAGUCAAUAUUUAAAAGUACAUAUGAGGAUACAUACUGGCGAAAAACCUUUUACCUGUUCAAUCUGUGGUAAAGGUUUUGUCGGGAGUCAUAGUUUGAAAGCACACCUGAGAACACACACUGGAGAAAAACCUUUUUCCUGUUCCAUUUGCGGUAAAGGUUUGAAAUCGGGUCAAAAUUUGAAAGUGCACAUGCGAACACACACAGGUGAAAAACCAUACUUAUGUUUAAGCUGCGACAAAAGCUUCUGUCACCAUACGGCAUUUGUGCGACACAUGAGUACACACGCUGGUGAUUAAGUGUUGAGUUGCAGUGUGUGUGGUGAAAUAUUAUCUUCUAAGUACCAGUGUAAGAAACACAAGUGUGCUGGUGAGAACAGCAGCAGAAAAUCAAGAUGCAGGAUUUGAAAUAAACCGUCGGGUUCAUCAGUUAAUGCUCCAAGAUUGGUUAGAUCUGGGACUAGUUUAAGGACUAGAUCUGACCAAUUUAAGUCAAUAGGAGCAUGAACUGAUAAGUUAAAAUUAAAGUAGCAAUGAUUGUCACACACACACGAGGUGUGGCGAAAUUAUUCUCUGCAUUUGACCCUUCACCCUUGAUCACCCCCCUGGAAGGUGAGGGGAGCAGUGGGUAGCAGCGGUGGCCACGCUUGGGGGCGUAGUGUUAAGAGUGUCUGCCCUGAGAUCGGUAGGUUGUGAGUUCAAACCCCGGCCGAGUCAUACCAAAGAUUAUAAAAAUGGGAGCCAUUACCUCCCUGCUUGGUACUCAGCAUCAAGGGUUGGAAUUGGGGGUUAAGUCAGUGGCGAAACGUCUUCUAAGACAAACCAAACAGUCCAGUUGUGAUCGAUUGAAUGCCCUGAGAUGACAAUGUCCUGAAUGAAAUAAAACAUUCAAAGACAUCUUGUUAAUUAUAUUUAUUACUCUCUUUUGUAAAAUGAAUAUAUUGAUUUUUGUGUUUGUUUUUGUAUUCAGACCUACCAUGAAUUGAUUAACGUGGACCCCGACUUAAACAAGUUGAAAAACUUAUUGGGGUGUUACCAUUUAGUGGUCAAUUGUACGGAAUAUGUACUGUACUGUGCAAUCUACUAAUAAAAGUAUCAAUCAAUCAAUCAAUCAAAACCUUUACGUAACAAGCAAUGAAUGAUUUAACAAAAAAUGAGUAAAUAAAUGUAGUGAGUAUU